AUGAAUUAUGAGUUUAAUAGAUCCUCUUUAGCAGAAAGACGUAUAUUCCUUGCUCAUCACUUAUUCCCAAACCUCGUAUGGGGCUAA